GCCCUGCGCUCGGGGCGGGGAGCUGGCCCAGCGUCCCAUGCAGCCCGGCCAGGCCGGAACCAGACGGCGGGCGGGUCCCGCGCCAUGGGGCGACUGGUGGCUCUGAGUUUGCUGGGCAUCGGGCUGGCGCUGCUGGGCGAGCGGUUCCUGGCGCUCAGAAAUCGACUUAAAGCCUCCAGAGAAGUCGAAUCUGUAGACCUUCCAAACUGCCACUUGAUUAAAGGAAUCGAGGCGGGCGCUGAGGACAUUGACGUUCUUCCCAAUGGUCUGGCUUUCUUUAGUGUGGGCCUCAAGUUUCCGGGGCUCCACAGCUUUGCACCAGAUAAGCCUGGAGGAAUAAUGAUGAUGGAUCUCAAAGAAGAAAAACCCAGGGCACUGGAAUUAAGAGUCAGCUGGGGCUUCGAUUUGGCUUCAUUUAACCCGCAUGGCAUUAGCACUUUCAUAGAUGGUGAUGACACAGUUUAUCUCUUUGUUGUGAACCACCCGGAAUUCAAGAACACAGUGGAAAUUUUUAAGUUUGAAGAAGAAGAAAAUUCUUUGUUGCAUCUGAAGACAAUUAAACACGAGCUCCUUCCAAGUGUGAAUGACAUCAUAGCUGUUGGGCCAGCCCACUUCUAUGCCACCAAUGACCACUAUUUCUCAGAUCCUUUCCUAAAGUAUUUGGAGACGUACUUGAACCUACGCUGGGCAAACGUUGUUUACUACAGUCCAGAUGAAGUUAAGCUGGUGGCAGAAGGAUUCGAUUCAGCCAAUGGAAUCAAUAUUUCACCUGACAAAAAGUAUGUCUACGUUGCUGAUAUACUAGCUCAUGAAAUCCAUGUUUUGGAAAAACAACCUAAUAUGAAUUUAACUCAAUUGAAGGUGCUGCAGUUGGGCACGCUGGUGGACAAUUUAUCUAUUGAUCCUUCCUCGGGUGACAUCUGGGUUGGCUGUCACCCUAAUGGCCAGAAACUCUUCGUGUAUGACCCGAACCAUCCUCCAUCGUCAGAGGUUCUUCGCAUCCAGAACAUUCUAUCCGAGAAGCCAUCAGUAACUACAGUGUAUAUCAACAAUGGGUCUGUCCUCCAGGGAAGUUCCGUGGCGACCAUCUAUGACAGGAAACUUCUUGUAGGCACUUUAUACCAGAGAGCCUUGUACUGUGAACUCUAAGGUGUAUUUUUGGUAUGCAAGCGCAAUAAGUUGUAACAAAAAUAAUCUUUUGAUGAAUUGCUAAUUCUGAGGGAAUUUAACCGUCAGUACUGACCAGGAAUAUACCACAAACAGCUAAUUUUAUUUCAUUAAGGAAAGGCCCACAAUUCUGAUGCACUUUUAGCAUCAAAAGAAAAUGAACUUUACUAUUGGCAUUUUUGUUUUAAUGCCAGUCCAGGGAGAAAGAUGAAAGCUGCUUUUGGAUAAAGUGAAUGCAUUUUGCACAGAUGGGUUUCACCUUUGUGCCCCACCAUGAGGGAGGCCACUGAAACAGGGCGAGUCAUCAAAGUGUCAGCGUCCUGGGUCCCCAUGCUGUGACCACUGUGUGUGUUUAGAACUACUGAUAGCCAACAUUUUGAUGUUCUGUACUUACAACUUUGUCUACUGUUUUACAAGUUAGAAGUAUAUUAAAGACUAACCACAACCCAA